CACGAGGCUACGGUUUAGGCAGAGGGUUCUUCCUUCGCCUUCUUCCCAGUUCCCUCCUCACACCGUUGCGGCGCGGCACCACCCCCGAACCCGACCGCCGCCCCCCCACCAUGUUGUCCCGAUUGCCGGCGACGGUGAGCCUUCUUCGCCGUUCUCUCCGGGAACCGCGCGGCUUCAGCUCCUCCGCCUCCUCUGUGGCUUCAUCUAAGGCAACGGCCGACGGGAAGCUUGUGGCGUCGGUGCUGUUCGAGCGACUCCCCGUCGUUAUCCCCAAGAUCCACCCUGUUGUCUACGCUUUUCAAGAAUUCUCAUUUCGGUGGAGGCAGCAGUACAGACGGCAAUACCCCGAGGAGGUCCUCGGCAAGGCCGACGCAAGGGGUAAGGGUGAUUAUCAUAUUGAUUAUGUGCCUGCUCCAAGAAUUACCGAGGCUGACAAAACAAAUGACCGGAAGUCUUUACAACGAGCUCUUGAUAAUAAACUUUAUCUCCUGCUGUAUGGCAAUGCUUACGGGGCUCCUGAUGGAAAGCCUGUAUGGCAUUUUCCGGAAAAAGUAUAUGAAAAUGAAGAAACUAUGCGACUGUGUGCUGAGGCUGCAUUAAAAUCUGUUCUUGGGGGACUUGACCAUACAUACUUUGUUGGCAAUGCUCCAAUGGCUCAUAUGGCGGUUGAACAAACGGAUUCAAGUGUUUCACCAUUCAAGCGUUUCUUCUUCAAGUCACAAGUGGUUGGCACAACGAAAUACCAUAUUGGAAAAUGCAAGGACUUCGCGUGGGUGACCAAAGAUGAGCUGCUGGAGUAUUUUCCUGAGAACAAGGAUUUCUUCAACAAGAUGAUCAUCCACAUUAGAUAGCUCUGUAAUCAGGCCAUGAGCUAUCUGAACAAUUACCAUUUUGUUUCUUGACUGGUGUACAAGUUUAGCGCCCCUAUUUUAUCGUCACGACUCACGAGCAGCAUUGCUUGGCAAGAAACCACCAGUGCGGGCAGUUGACACAUGGCCAUUUUGCCUCUCUUUCCUUGGGCUGAUCAUGUAUCAAUGUUUGGCGCUAUGACAUUGCUGUAGCAUGUAGUCCUCUCCUAGCUGCUGUAUGUUCACAUGACUUAUUGUCAGUUUGCAUGGAAAAAAAAUAAUUAGCAGGGUGACAUUUGAUUCCCCUGCUUUGUUGUCCUUCA